AUGUCGUCUUCUUCCGAUGAUACUUUUGCCGAAAUGUUAGACGAUGCUUUUGAUAAUGCCUUUGAUAAUGCUUUCGAUCAAGCAUACGAAAACUUCUUCGUUCAUCAUGGUGAUCAUCAAGAAGCAACCCAAUCAAAGAAAACACGACGUUAUAUUGAAAGACAACGUGAACAAGGACAUAUCCGCUUAUGGAGCGAUUAUUUCAGUGAUGAUGCAAUAUACCCUCCCGAGCUAUUUCGACGCCGUUUUAGAAUGAACAAGUCCUUGUUCAUGCGUAUUGUUGAUCGACUAUCAACUGAAUUUCCAUUCUUUCAACAAAGAAGAGAUGCAACCGGAAGAUUUGGUCUCUCUGCACUACAAAAGGCUACAGCAGCAAUUCGUAUGAUGGCAUAUGGUUGUGCGGCUGAUGCGGUUGAUGAAUACCUCCGCCUUGGUGAAAGCACUGCAAUAAAAUGUUUGGAAAAUUUUGUUGAAGGAAUCAUAUAUUUGUUCGGAGAUGAGUACCUGAGAAGACCAACAGCAGAAGAUCUUCAACGACUACUUGAUAUUGGAGAGAUACGAGGAUUUCCCGGGAUGAUAGGUUCCAUCGAUUGUAUGCAUUGGGAGUGGAAAAAUUGUCCAACCGCUUGGAAAGGACACUUAAACGAUAUAAAUGUUCUCGAUCGCUCACCAGUUUUUGAUGAUAUAUUAAAAGGUCAUGCUCCCAAAGUGAAUUACAUUGUCAACGGACACGAGUACCAUCUUGCUUACUAUCUCACUGAUGGUAUUUAUCCAAAAUGGGCAACUUUUAUUCCAUCAAUUUCAAUGCCACAAAGUCCGAAAGCAUCCUUAUUUGCUACACGUCAAGAAGCUGUUCAUAAAGAUUUCGAGCGUGCUUUUGGAGUCUUUCAAGCUCGAUUCGCAAUUGUAAAAAAUCCCGCUCUGAUUUGGGAUAAGGUAAAAAUAGGAAAGAUUAUGAGAGCAUGUAUCAUAUUGCACAAUAUGAUAGUAGAAAACGAACGAGAUGGAUACACUCAGUUUAAUGUAUCAGAAUGGGCUCAAGUAGAAUCAAACCGAACUUCACAAGUGGAUUCCACGUAUUCUACAUACAUGCCUUCAAAUCUCACCAAUUUGAUGGGCAUUCGAAAUCGAGUUCGUGAUCGAACAAAACAUCAACAAUUGAAAGAUGAUUUGGUUGAGCAUAUAUGGCAGAAAUUUAGCACACCUGAAGAUUAA